AUGAGUGAUGCGGUUGCUCUGUUCAAAUCCAUAGAUGAUCUCCUUGAAAGAAUAUUGUCACUCGAUUUUCAUAAGGAUUUGAUUCAGGAAAACCAUGUGGAUCUGCAGAAACUACAAAGAAAAAUAAAAUGGCAUCUUCCAUUGGAACCGCUUCCAGUUAUUAUACCAAACAUUGAGAAAUAUCACACGAGUUUCUUUUCGUUAUUCAUGGUCGAAUGUCUAGAAUCCAUAACUCAGGAUAAAUAUGAUUCCAUGUCGAUGCCUCAUCACGCUCUCCCUGUAUCCGGUAAUAUUCGAGGAGUAUUCGGGAAUAUAACACUUUCACUCGACUUAGAGGAACAUGAAUAUUUGACGGGAGAUUUGGUAUGUCUGUGCAUUACAAAGGCCAACCUAGCUAUAACUAGAAAGGAUAAUACUCAAGUGAAGAUAGAGUCUAAGCAUGACAAAGCACAAGCAAGUCCCGGGGCAAAGCUCUUGCAUCUGCUUGACAGGAAUGGAAUUGUUAGCACUCUAGGAUUCGUUAGUUCUGUAAAGAAAAACAGGAUUGUUGUAAAAAUACUAUUGUAUCCUCCAAAAUUCGUCACACCCGAAACCUGUAGUCACAAGGAUUUGGAUAGAUUAUCUGCAAUUCAACAAAAAUUCCGCACUAUACUAAAUCCGAAGACCCCUGGUCAUGCGAAUUCAGGAUCAGAACAUAAAUCCGGAACAUCAGAAUGGUACAUAGCAAAACUCUCAUCACUUACAACCAUAUUGCGCGAAUUUAACGCCCUUUGUAUGAUGAAACAAAUGCCAUUGAGAAAUUUACUGCUGAAAUUUGAACCUAUGGAUAAUACGUGUACCCAGCCUAAUACCUGUACCAAACUUUUACUGAACUUUAAAAUACCAGAUGCACUGAAAAGAACCUUGGAAUCUAAAUACAAUUCUGGUCAGCUAUGUGCGAUAUCAAAUAGUUUGAACCAAUCCGGUAUUUCAUUGAUUCAGGGACCUCCGGGCACAGGGAAAACUACAACAAUCAUUGGAAUCAUAAGUGUUAUACUAUAUGCAUUAACACCUAUUAGUUCAAAAAAAAAUGACUACAAAAAAAUUGUUCAGUCAUUUGACACAUUUCACAUUAAACAUCCAUGGUACUUUCAGGAUGAAAGUGAUGAUGUAGGUGGAUAUUUUGAUGACUUAAGAAAUGAAGAUUAUGGCUAUGAUUAUGAUCGCAUUUAUAAUAUCUAUGACUCUCUGAACAGCACACAAAGAAAACGUUGCAAUAAUAUAAAAAUUGACUUUAAGGGGAAAAAUACUAGGCGCAUAUUAAUAUGUGCUCCUUCAAAUGCAGCAGUUGAUGAGAUCGUCAAACGUUUAGUUGCUACAGAUGGAGGUAUUUUUGAUUCUAAUGGGAACAAAUAUAAACCAACUGUAACCCGUGUAGGACCAAAUUUUCAUGAAGAUUUAAUAGAGUACAGCUUAAAUACAAAGGUGGACAAAUGGUUCUCUAAAAACGAUUCUCUGCAGAUCAAAGAUGAAAAAUCCAUGAAUUUUAAGAGGGCAUCAAUUGCUAAAGAUAUACUUUUGAAUAGUGAAAUCGUUUGUUCAACACUUUCAGGCUGUGGAUCAAAAGAGCUCUAUGGAUUAGCGAAUUGUUUUGACACUUUAAUAAUAGAUGAAGCCACACAGGCGGUGGAAUUAUCUACUCUUAUACCGCUAAAUCUAGGAUGUAAACGUGCAAUACUUGUUGGGGAUCCUUGUCAAUUAUCAGCAACCGUCUGUUCUAAAGCUGCAAUUCAGCUAAAUUAUGAGCAGUCUUUGUUCAAAAGACUACAGCUAUGUGGGUAUCCUGUGAAUUUUUUGAAAUUGCAAUAUCGUAUGGAUCCGCAGAUUACUAGGUUCCCUUCUAUGUAUUUUUAUAAAAAUCAGCUUAUAAAUGCUGAUGAAUCAGAUUCAAGAAGGCAUCUAGGUUGGAGAAUGUUUCCCCUAUUAAGACCUACCGUAUUUUAUGCGAUUGAUUCUCAAGAAUCUAGAAGUGAUACUUCAUACGUUAAUGAAAUGGAAGUCGAAUUAGUUUGCCAGUUAUUAGAGAUAAUUAUUGAAAUAUUGUUAUCUGUUCCAGGCAUGACUCAAGAUGAAAUUAAGCAAAAGAUUGCCGUUAUUAGCCCCUAUUCUGCUCAAGUGGAUAUAUUGAAAUCUACUAUAUACGAAAGAAUCAAAAUGUUUCACAACCCACCAACACUCACUCCAGAAGAAUCUAAAGCCACACAAAUAUAUAUAAGUACCGUAGAUGGUUUUCAGGGUAUGGAAAAGGAUAUUAUUAUUUUUAGCGCUGUGCGUACAAAGUAUGUUGGCAAUAGAAAAGCAAUUAAUGCAAAGAUAGAAGACUUAACAACUCCAUCCAUAUUAACUAUUGACAAAGAACCUCAUGAUCCAAAGAGUUUGGAACAAUUCCAAAAAUUGAUGGAGAGUUAUCUUGAAAAAAGUAAGAGCAACCCCCCUGAUUUAGAUUCCAAUGUUAAUGAUGCCUCCUUUAUAUCAGAUCGUAGAAGAAUUAACGUGGCAAUUACCAGAGCACGUAAUAACCUUUUCAUAGUUGGAAAUCCAAGAUACUUGUUAGACCAUAGGCACUGGUAUGCGCUUUAUAACCACUACGCAAAAACCGGCGCACUCUUCAUUUGCCACACUAUAAACAACCAACUAAAAAGGAACUUUCUGAAGAAUUGGAUAGUCGAUUAUAUAAAACGUGCGCCGGCUGAAUACGAGGAAUUCUUGAAAGAUAGACAACUAAAGGGUUUUAUGGAAAAGCUUGUGUAAUCAUGUAAUUUAUAUUUC